AUGAAGGCGAUCCGACUCGAGCGCGUCGCCGACCGCGCGGGGCACAACGACGCGCGCGAGGCACACACCAUGGGCGUCAUCGACACGAUCAAAUCCGAGAUCGCACACCAGUUCAGCGACGCGAACCGGGAGAGCACGGUGACCUUCCUCCGAUCCGCCGGGCUCUUCGUGACGGCGAUCGUGUUCAUGCGGAACUUCGGGGACGCGAUGGCGAUCUAG